ACUGUUGCAGUGACCAUUGUAGUUGUUGCAGUACCUGAAGGGCUUCCAUUGGCUGUCACUCUGACGCUUGCCUAUUCAAUGAGAAAAAUGAUGGCAGACAAGGCCUUGGUCAGGAGGCUAUCAGCCUGUGAAACCAUGGGCUCUGCAACAACUAUUUGCAGCGAUAAAACCGGGACCCUAACUUUGAAUGAGAUGACUGUGGUUGAUGUGUUUGCUUGUGGGAAGAAGAUUGAACCCCCUGACAAUAAGUCACUGCUUCCUCCUAAUGUUAUGUCUCUGCUUCUUGAAGGCAUUUCACAGAAUACAACUGGCAGCAUAUAUGUCCCUGAGGUGGGUUAUUGCUAAAUAGCAACCAUUUAG